AUGGCGCCACACACUGAUUUUACACGUCCCCCCAGUCCAGAUGCUGAGCAACCUAUCAACAUGGAACGAAGCAAACGGUCGAAAGUUCCAUGUGCUGUGUUUGUCCACGCCGGUGCUGGAUAUCACAGCCGAGAGAAUGAAGCGAAGCACCUUAAGGCCUGCUCGGAAUCGACCAGGGCUGGGAUGAUUGUCCUGCAGACUGGGGCGACUGCCGUCGAGGCUGUGGAGAUGGCUCUCUCAAUGCUCGAAGACAAUCCCAUCACCAAUGCCGGGUAUGGCAGCAACCUGACUGCGAAGGGUGUUGUUGAAUGUGAUGCGUCCAUCAUGGACCAUCUUGGUCGCAGCGGUGCCGCUGGAGCUGUUCCCAACGUCAAAAACCCGAUCAUGCUGGCUCGCAAGAUCUACGACGAGGCGUACAGAUCCCCUGGCAUGUCGCGUGUUCCGCCCAACUUCAUCGUGGGCGAGGGUGCUACUGAAUUCGCUUGGGACCAUAAUAUUCCCACCAUUCCGCCUCAUGCUUUGAUCACGGACGCUGCCAGAGAACGCUGGACCAUCUGGACUCGCGAGAUUGAAGAGUUUGAGGCAGAUCGUGCACGUUGGCAAAAAGAACCUGUGCCUACGUGGGUGCGUUCUCCCACUGGCCAUGGUUCUCCCGCGCCGGCUGGUGUUGCCCAUGGCACUCCUCCUGUUCUUGGUAGAUCGGAUGCCAGAACGGCUUCCACCAGUCAGCUCAAUCCAGACAAUGAUAUCGACUUACUAGUAAGCGGGUCAACAAUGGACGGUGUGCUUCCCCGAGUCAAGUCACAGUCAACCGAUGAAAUUCCCAGUUACUCUAAGUCUGGUUGGGAGAAAUACCCAAACAAUCCCACCGACGACGAGAAUGGCGAGGAUCGUAUCACAGAUACCGUUGGGGCGAUUGCGAUUGAUCGAUGGGGCAAUAUCGCUGCCGGGUCCUCAUCUGGCGGCAUUGGGAUGAAGCAUCGAGGUCGAGUAGGACCUGCAGCAUUGAUUGGCAUCGGAACACAUGUCAUCCCCGCCGACCCUGCUGACCCAGAACAUACCACCACGGCUGUUGUGACGUCUGGAACUGGCGAACACAUCGCAUCAACUCUUGCAGCCAGUACCUGUGCCACUCGAAUUUACUACGGCCAGAAGAUGGGCCCAAAUGGUGUAUUCGAGCCAGUCAGUGAAGAAGAGGCACUUCACUCCAUGAUUUCAAAUGAGUUCACAGAUCACCCUGCGGUCCAGAACAGCGAGGUCGGUGGCUCCAUCGGAAUCCUAGCUGUGAAAAAGACGAACGAAGGUAUCGGUCUCUUCUUCGCCCACAAUACGGAGUCGUUUGCUGUUGCGUCGAUGGCUGCUGGAGAUCUCGAACCCCAAACUGUGAUGUCCCGGGGCAGAAAGAACGGAUCUAUCGCUCAGGGCGGGCUAAUGAUUCGUCCUAGAAAGACUAGGUCCCGUCACCAGAAAGUCCAGAACUAA